AUGAAGGCAAAACCAUUGAGUCAGGAUUCAGGAUCGAGACGUUAUGCGUACCGCGUAAAUAAACAAGAGAAUAGGAAAGAGUUGAAACAUGUCAAAAUUGAUGAGAAGUCAGUUGAGUCAAAGACUGAAACGCUGGAUUUACCUAAGAAAAAGUUUUACCGUCAGAGGGCUCAUUCGAAUCCAUUUUCUGACCACCAACUCGAGUAUCCGUUGUCGCCUGAGGAAAUGGAUUGGUCAAAGCUGUAUCCUGAGUUCAAGGAUCCAACCACGGGGGAUAUGACGAAGAAAGUUACGGUUGCAGAUAUCGGCUGUGGCUUCGGUGGUUUGAUGGUUGAUCUUUCACCUGAAUUUCCAGAUGAUUUGAUACUGGGAAUGGAAAUCCGUGUUCAAGUUACCAACUAUGUCGAGGAUAGAAUAAUAGCAUUAAGGAACAACAACAUUGAAUCCAAAAGGUAUCAAAACAUCAACGUACUAAGAGCUAACGCAAUGAAGUUCCUACCAAAUUUUUUCACAAAAGGACAGUUGUCUAAAAUGUUUUUUUGCUUCCCAGAUCCACAUUUCAAGCAAAGAAAGCAUAAAGCGAGAAUUAUAACAAAUACUUUGUUGAGCGAAUAUGCAUAUGUACUUAAAGAGGGUGGUAUAGUUUACACAAUUACAGAUGUUGAAGAUUUGCACAAUUGGAUGGUCAAACAUCUUGAGGAGCACCCAUUAUUUGAAAGGCUUGAUCGAACAUGGGAAAAUGGAGACAAGUGUGUGAGCAUAAUGUUAAAUGCAACCGAAGAAGGAAAAAAAGUCGAGAGGAAAAAGGGUGAUAAGUUCGUAGCAUGCUUCAAGAGACUGCCAAACCCAAGCGACUUGUGA